AUGGCAGAAUACGAGAGGAAACAACGCCGUGAUCGCGAAAAAUGGCAAUUGAAGAAGGCCCACGAUGCUUCACGCCCCUAUCAGCAAUUUGACGACCAGAUCGACGAACUGGAAGCCCGCAUAAUUGAAGGAAUUGAGAAGCGAACAUUGGAUGUUCCCAACGGAGUAAAUUUUAACAAUCUCGCCUAUGAGACAGUGAAAGAGAGCUGGAGGGAACAGGGAAUUUGGAACGAGAAAUGGCAGAACAUGCCUUCAGAACAGUGGAUGCACGAAGAGUCGUCUGAAAUUACCCCUGCGCCCGAGACCGACGGUGGUGCGAAAAUCCAUCUCAGCUUGUUCUCUUCCUCGCCGGAAAAUGCCAUCUCGACUGGCAAAAAUACUCAACAGAGCGGUGAGCGACAAGUCAAACAGAAGCCCGGAGACGAGCCAUCACGCCCAUUUCAUCAAUUCAUCUAUCAAAUAUCGAAGGAGCGCGAACGAGUUCAAAAUGCCUCUGACUCCCCAGAUGGCCCUUCUUCUGUCUCUGCCUCCACAAACAUCAACACCGAAGCUUACGAGCAUGUGAAAAGUAUCUGGAUCAAAAGAGGCAUUUGGAACGACCAAUGGGGCAUAUUGCCUGGGAUGGUUUGGAAUCAUGAAAUCCCUUUGCAGAUACCCGAUAACGACCGCGAUUUGAGUCCGAGCCCGACAGUGCCUAGCGAGCAUGUUACCUUCAAUCCACAACCUAGACCUCCGCUUUUUGAUGGGCUUUUCUCUACCCAAGCAGAUGGUCCCGCCCAAGCAGAUGGUCCCGCCCAAGCAGAUGGUCCCGCCCAAGCAGAUGGUCCCGCCCAAGCAGAUGGUCCCGCCCAAGCAGAUGGUCCCGAUCAAGCAGAUGGUCCCGAUCAAGCAGAUGGUCCCGCACCAGCAGAUGGCCCCGCUCAAGUAGAUGGUCCCGCUUCAAACGGUGGCCAAAGAACUACUAAGAGGAAACGGGCGGCCGCUCCUGUUGGCCCGAAGAAAGCAAGACGAAAGGUUUCCGCAACUCUCAAGCCGGAGAUAUCAAGGUCCAGGCCCGCAGUGGAUAAUUCUACCAACAAAUCGGUUCUUCCUGAUCAAGGGACUCAAGAUACUGGGAGACGUAGAAGCAAGCGCAUACAGAAUCGGAAUAAGUCCAAUUGA